CAAACCUCUUUAACAGUAUCGGAGAUUUAACAUAAAUUCUCUUUUAAAGGCUGACCAAAUAAAAAAAUAUCGACAUUAUAACAAAAUCCAUCGAAAUGUCUUCAAGAACCCUCAUCAAAGUUAUGUAAAAAUCUGGAAACACCCUUAAAAACCAUAAUGUCGGACAACGAGCCAUGCGGGAAGAACUGCAAAAGGCAGAAGAACAAAUGCCUGCCCUGCGUGGCGCCCUGCGCCGACGUACAAAUGCUGCAGGACGAAGAGAUGACCAAGCAGGAAGCCAGUCACACCUGCGCUUGCAAAAACAACACAACCUCUGAUGAGCAGUCACACUGAAUCACAUCUCAGUAGAGGAGCACCUGGAACAUGGAAUCGACAACGCGCAUAGACGUGAAAUCUUGCGAGAGAGUGGAACCUCCUCAUCCUUGCGAUCCUGUUGUGCCUUGUGAUCCUCUGCAGGAGCCAGAGGGAGACUGUCCCGCCCCCUCGAUCUGUCUAGAGAGGUUGAAGAAUCCAGCGUACCCUGGAGAAAUAACCAGGUGUCUUUCUGGGAGCUACAUCAACGUGAAGUCAUGCGCCAAGGUGGAGCCAAACCACCCGUGCGACAUACUCCCUCCCUGCAGUAGUCUGCCUGUAAAGAAACGAAGACCUUGCAACGACCCGCCGUUGUGCCUGCACCGCAUCAAGAACCCGGAGAAGAAACCUGAAAUUAAAGACCCUUGUGAUCCCAAUAAAUAGUUUUGAAGCUA